GACUGCUCGGCGCAGAAUCAAGCCGACGCGAUUGUAUCGUCGUCAGUGUGCAACGCGAUAUUGCGAGCCGAGCACGUAUAUACAGACCGCAUCCGAUUCUAUAUUGCUUGUACCGGCGUCGUGUGCAUACAGUUUGCCCGUUGAUGUGUUACGAUAUAAUAAUAGAAGUAUGAAUGGAACGCGUGUCGUUGUCGUUGUUGUUGCUGCUGCUGCUGCUGAUGCUGCACUCGGACCCCAAGGCCCGAGUUAGACGUGAAAAUUUAUCGUGAAGUGUUCGUUUAUUAUUAUUUUUUUUUAUAAUAUCGAAGUACAUCGUGCUCUGAUUUGCCCCGCUCGAGAUGAUGAAUUUUCGCAACGAGAAUUCAUUUUUUAAGUUAAUACCGAGACUCGGUCGACGCGCCCAUCACGAGGAAAAGAACAACGACAGCGACCAAUUCGAUAAUUCAGACAGUCCCCCCUUGACCUCGGGAAAAUCCUCGGCAAAGCCAGCCACCAACAACAACGCGCCCGUGGCACCGCCGAGGGCUAGAAAAACCGGCUGGGGAGACGAGCUCAAGAGCGCCAAAACAGUCAAGAACAAUUCUUCUUUUCAACAAUAUCGAGCUACGAAUAAUUCAAAUGUGAAUGAAUACGAUAUUCCUGUCAUACCCGAUUUGGAUGAAAUAAUCGAGGACACCGGCACAUUGGAUAUUUCGGACGCUCCUCCCGUUGGAUCGAACAAGACGGCCGCGGCAUACAAAGAAUUGGACACGGAAUUGGUGAAAAGUCACUUGCUCAACGUUUUCGACAACGUCGAUUUGAGCCUGUUGACGGAAAAGCUCUAUCCGGAAAAUUUAGUGAAAGAGUCGGACGAGGUUUGGAGCUGGGAAUCGCUGUUCACGCAGAUAGCUUCCGAGAUCAAUAGCGAGUCACAGGCAAAGUUGGAGGAGCAUUGAAUUUUAAUGUUAAUUUUUAACGAAUAAGAUUUAUCUCGCGUCAGGGAUGAUAAGAGUAGUUUUAU